GAGAAGUGUAACUGCAUCGGGAUAGGAGCUUAGGUGCCAGCCAUGGUAUUCCCCAGCGACACCGAGGUCCCAGACGGCGGGGCGCCCCAACCAGCCCUGAGUCCCCCCCUCCCUGCUGAUCCUAAAGCCCUUGAGGAAACUGAUCGACAGGACACAACUCCUUUAGCAGGCAGCAUCAGCACAAAAGGCUGGGGCGCUCGCCACACCCUGGCUUUACUCGGCAGCCUCGGCAUCACCGUCAUGUACACCAUCCGCAUCUCCCUUUCGGUUGCUAUCGUCGCCAUGGUAACGACGACGCCAUUAAACUCCUCCAACGCCACCAACGGAAGCGCCGACGUUUGCCCGCCGCCCGACGAUUAUGAUCCUCAGGAGACAUAUCAGAAUGGUGAGUUCGACUGGGACCCGAAAGUCCAGGGCGCGAUCCUCGGCUCCUUCUACUACGGCUACGCCCUCUCGCACAUGCCGGUCGGGAGAGCAGCCGAAUACAUGGGCGGGAAGCUCUUGUUCGGCCUGGGGCUUCUGCUGGCCUCCAUAUUUAACCUCCUGACGCCGAUUUGCGCUGAAAUCUCCACCGGGAUGUUCAUCGCCCUCAGGGUCGCUGAAGGUCUCGUCCUGGGAGGAUGUUUCCCUGCCAUGAACACCCUACUGGCCACCUGGUUUCCUCCGGCAGAGAGAAGUAAAUAUACGACACUAGUCAUGACAGGCCAGAACGUAGGAACGGUGAUAGCCAUGCCCAUGACCGGCUGGCUGUCGAGCUCGGAGGAGCUGGGCGGAUGGCGCACUGCCUUCUACGUUUUCGGCACCUCCGGUCUCGUGUGGAGCGUCGCCUGGUUCCUGCUGGUGCACGACAGGCCCGAACAUCAUCCGAGAAUCUCUGAUGCAGAGCUGCAGUACCUUCUCUCCUACAAAGAAGUCAUGAAAGAUGCCAAGGUCAUGCCGCUGCCUUGGUAUGCCGUACUAACCUCCCCAUACGUGUGGUUGGUGACACUGGCUUCCAUCGGGGACACCCUUGGCUUCUACACUAUUAUCACGGAACUUCCUACAUACCUCGCCAAUAUCCAACAUUUCGAUAUGAACAGUACUGGGGUUUUGUCAGCGUUACCAUAUGCGCUGGCUUGGGUCGUCAGCUUGUUCUGGGGCUUCCUGGUGGAGAAGCUCGCUUCGUCCGGGGCGAUGACCAUCCUGCAGAUCAGGAACAUGUCCAUGGCUAUUUGUAAGUGCUCUCUCGAGACGAAGGUUGCAGAUCGCUCCUCAGACACAGAGGUCUUUUGUCUGGGCAGUGUGUAUGCAUACGACUACGUGCAUGUUUCACAUGAUCAGGCACUGUACGAAGGGCAUCGCGUCAGAACAUUCGUGGGCAGCGGAGGCCAGCACCGUGUGACGAUCCCGAGGCUCCAGGUGUUAGGUGUAGCUGCUACAACGCCAGUCGCGGAGGGUGUAGAGUUGCGGGAAGGGCUGUCCUCAUGA